CUAAGAAUGUUCAAGUCUGAGUUGCCUCAAAUAUAAUUGCACAGUUCAUGAAUUCAGUCGUCCGUAUAGUUCCUUUGCUAGAAGAAGGACACUGAGUUUUUAAAGAUCUCAACCUCAAGAUUCUACAAUCUACAAAUUGUUAGGUGUCAACAGAAAAAAGGGUCUUGAAAGGUGGUGAUCUUGUUAUUUCUGCGGACAAACAGACUUCCAGUACCGAGAUGGCGAGAGUUUUACCGGUAGUUCUCUUGAUGUUGGCGGCGGGACUGGCCACUGUGACCGCCCAGGGUUGGAGAUGGAGGUCCCACGGCAAACCGGGGCUUGUCAACAUAAAGUCCGCUAUGGCUGUGAUGAAGGAUGGAAAGCUGUUUGGAGUCGGAGGGAACAAGAAGCUGUAUGAGAGGGUCUGGACAGGAUCCAGUUGGACUUGGGUCAACCAUGGAAAACCGUCUUCCGGCAUAUUCAACCCGAAAAACUUCCUGGAGGAACCGUGUGUACUGCGUGAUGGAAAAGUGUAUAUGACAACGAUUGACGGAGACUUGUACGAGCGGUACUGGACGGGUUCGCAGUGGUCGUUUGGUGCCCAUGGAAACCCCGGUACGAAACUGGAGGGAUGUAGCGCUGUCAUGGGGAACUCAGGCACCGUGUUUACAAGAGGGUAUGACGGGACACUUCGGGAGCGGUACUGGGCCGGCAGCUCGUGGGCGUGGCGUAACCAUGGCAAACCACCUGGCACUGACGCGUUCGGUACGACCAGUAGCUACGUCAUCUACGGCCCGACAAUCCGCGUCUUCGUGCCCGGAAGCAACGGCCAUCUCUUUCGCUUCAGUCUGGACAGUAACUACAACGGCGUCUGGAGGGACCUAGGAGCGCCCUCUAGCAAGUCUGUGAGGAAGGUGCACGCCACGGAAAAGGGCGGGAUUUUCGCCAUCAUGACUGACGGAGAAGUAUGCAGGUGGUCCGGGAGCUGGACAUGUUAUGGAAAGCCUGACAACAAGAUCGUCUGGGAUUGUUCCGACCCUUUCCUCAUUGAAAGCCCGUCCAUCAACAUCAACACCCUGUUCUGUGUUCACGCUGGGUCAUACCAAGAGGUGUACCAGCUGUCCGUGUUUCAAGGUGGAAGUGGUUGGGUGAAUCGCGGCAAGCCGUCCGGGACCAACACAUUUGUGGACCGUCCCACUGUCAUGUUCUCCGGACCUUAUUCCCGAGUAUUCGUGCCCGCCAACGACGGCAAGGUGUACGAGCUGUACCCACCCGGACAGCCCUGAGAACGCCGUCUUGUCACGUGUUAGUCACGUGUUAGCCACGUGUUAAUCACAUGUCAAUCUGAUAAAGAUCAUGCGUCCGUUA